UCACGAUACAUUCUUACAAACAACCACACAAUUUAAUAAACAAGAUGUUCAAAUUGACGAUCCUCCUCGCUAUUAUUGCCUAUACCCAGGCCGGCAUCAUCGCGCCCGUCGUGCACCCCGUAGUGGCCCACCCCGUGGUGCACUCCGUCCACUCAGUGCACCCAGUCGUGCAUCCAGUGGUGCACCACGCCGCGCCCAUCGUGCACGCCCCGGUCGUACACGCCGCGCCAGUUGUGCCCAUCGUGAAGCACACACCAGUCAUAGCAGUACAUCAUUAAUGUUACAAUUAGAGAUGCAUUUAAAUAAA